GUGACGUGGCCAUUCGGCAAAUUAACUGAUUUUUGUUUCAGUGAAUAAGAUAAUAGAAACAAUGAAGUACUUUCUAUUACUAGGCCUUGUGCUACUUGCAGGCUUUAGUCAAAUUGCCGCUAGCAGCGAUGGUGACGCUGACAGUGUGGAGACAAUUGAUUUGGAUCUGGGUGCCUUUAAGGAAGCUUCCAGAACAGAUGCCGAGACUCUCAAGCGCGAAGAGGAAGCCAUUAAGUUAGAUGGUCUGAAUGUGGCCCAACUUAAGGAAAUACGCGAGAAGGCUGAGAAAUUUACAUUCCAAACAGAGGUAAACCGUAUGAUGAAGCUGAUUAUCAACUCGUUGUACCGCAACAAGGAGAUCUUCUUGCGUGAACUCAUUUCUAAUGCCUCCGAUGCCAUUGACAAAAUCCGUUUGCUGGCACUGACAGAUCGUAAGGAGCUGGAUACAAAUCCUGAGCUGCAUAUACGCAUUAAGGCAGACAAGGAAAACAAAGUGCUGCAUAUAUUGGACUCUGGCAUUGGCAUGACACAUCAGGAUCUAAUCAAUAAUCUUGGCACUAUUGCCAAGUCUGGUACUGCAGAUUUCUUGGCUAAAAUGCAGGAUCCCAGCAAGUCGGAGGGUCAGGAUUUGAAUGAUAUGAUUGGUCAGUUCGGUGUCGGCUUCUACUCCGCUUUUCUGGUGGCUGAUCGUGUUGUGGUUACUACCAAGCACAAUGAUGAUAAGCAGUACAUUUGGGAGUCAGAUGCCAAUAGUUUCACCAUCACCGAAGAUCCACGUGGCGAUACGCUUAAACGUGGCUCGAUUAUAUCGUUGUACCUGAAGGAUGAAGCACAGGAUUUCUUGGAGGAAGACACAGUGCGCGAACUCAUUCGUAAAUACUCGCAGUUCAUUAAUUUCCCCAUCAUGAUGUGGUCCAGCAAAACUGUCGAUGAGGAAGUACCGAUUGAGGACGUGACUGAAGCAAAGACUGAAAAGAGUGAGGAUGACGUGGAAGAUGCCGAUGAGGAUGCCAAAGUGGAAGAAGAUACCGAAUCCGAUAAGCCCAAGACUAAAAAGGUAUCCAAGACAACCUGGGAUUGGUUGUUAAUCAACGAUAGCAAGCCCAUUUGGACGCGCAAACCUGCUGAGGUCACCGAGGAUGAGUACACAGCUUUCUAUAAAAGCCUGACCAAGGACUCCAGCGAGCCACUUACCCAAACCCACUUUGUGGCCGAAGGCGAAGUGACCUUCAAGAGUUUGCUAUACAUACCUAAGGUGCAGCCAUCCGAGUCAUUCAAUCGUUAUGGCACCAAAUCUGACAACAUCAAGCUCUACGUGCGUCGUGUGUUUAUCACUGAUGAAUUUAAUGACAUGAUGCCCAAUUAUUUGAGCUUUAUACGUGGUGUAGUUGAUUCUGAUGAUUUGCCAUUGAACGUUUCUCGCGAAACUCUGCAGCAGCAUAAACUGAUCAAGGUAAUUAAGAAGAAGCUAGUGCGCAAGGUACUGGACAUGAUUAAGAAGAUCGACAAGGCAGCGUAUGAGAAAUUCUGGCAAGAAUUCUCCACCAACAUUAAAUUGGGCGUCAUGGAGGAUCCCAGCAAUCGUUCGCGUCUAGGCAAGCUGCUGCGUUUCCAGAGCUCCAAUGGCAAGGGAGUAACCUCGUUGGCCGAGUAUGUGGAACGUAUGAAGUCGAAGCAGGAGCACAUCUACUACAUUGCAGGUGCUAAUCGUGGUGAGGUCGAGAAGUCGCCCUUCGUGGAGCGUCUGUUGAGCAAGGGCUAUGAGGUGCUAUAUCUGGUCGAGGCUGUGGAUGAGUACUGCAUCUCGGCCCUGCCUGAAUUUGAUGGAAAGAAGUUCCAGAAUGUUGCCAAGGAAGGAUUUAAGCUAAACGAGUCGGAGAAGAGCAAGGAGAAGUUUGAGACACUGAAGAGCACCUUCGAGCCACUGGUCAAGUGGUUGGGUGAGGUGGCGCUUAAGGAUGAAAUUUCUAAGGCUCAGAUUUCGGAGCGUCUCAGCAACUCGCCUUGUGCCCUGGUGGCCAGCGUCUUUGGCUGGACUGGUAACAUGGAGCGUCUGGCCAUGUCCAAUGCUCAUCAAAAGGCUGACGAUCCUCAACGCAGCUACUAUCUCAACCAGAAGAAAACGCUUGAAAUCAAUCCACGCCAUCCUCUGAUGCGUGAGCUAUUGCGUCGCGUUGAGGCCGAUGAGGCUGAUGACACUGCCAAGGAUAUGGCCUUGAUGAUGUUCCGCACUGCCACGCUGCGUUCCGGAUAUAUGCUCCAAGAGACCUCUGGCUUUGCAGACAGCAUUGAACAGAUGAUGCGCAAGACUUUGGGCGUUUCAUUGGACGAGCAAAUAGAACUGGAUGAGGAGGAGGAUGAUGUUGAUGACAAGGCGGCGAGCAACGAACAGAGCUCAAACGAUGCUGAGGAUGAUGAGGAGCAGCAGCAUGAUGAGCUUUAAGCCAAGUUGUAAAUACAUAUAAAUACUAUGUUACAUCCAUGACUGAGGUUUGAGCGCAAGUGCUCAGGAUUCUGAUACUGUUGCAUCAACUGUACUCCAUCCCUUUGGGGCACCUGCUUAGUUUUAAGUUAUAAAAAUUCCACAGUCCCACUCACCACAAAAUGUAAAGCUAUUUCUGCUCAAAUAAAUCCAUUUUAAUUUAUA